UAUAUCUCUGGUUAUAGUAGUAAAGCUACACUUUCAUCAAAAAAUGUCACUUGAAACUGAUGUCUGCUCAGUAUAAUGGGGUGGGCGAUACAGUGGGCUCAACAGUUCAACGUAUAAUUUCGGAUUUUCAAGGAACCAUGCUAGCAUCUUUGGCCCAUGUAUUGAAGCGAGACAACACAAAUGCAGAUCUGAUAGAACACGUGGCGCUACUCUCAAAAAACGGAUAUACAAUUGUCGCCCUAAUGUCUGCGUAUCAUUCAGAAUUCGUGCCUGCACCAAAUACCGUGGGAAAUAUGGCUCUGUUACCUUUGCGUACUAAGUUCCGCGGUCCUGCACCUAUGAAUCCAAGUUUAGAGAAGGAUAUUAUUGAUGAAGCACUAUAUUUGUUCAAAUCACUUAUAUUUUUUCGACAAUAUGAACUGAAAAGUGAAGCCGAUCGCGUACUUGUGUACUUGGUUCUGUACAUCCUGGAGUGCUUAAGAAAAUUACAAAAGUGUCCUAACAGAAUUGUUGCAGGAAAAGAAUUGGCUGCUAUGGCUAUCAGCCGUUUUGAUUUACCAGGUGAUCCAGAUUUUCCCCGAGAACUGAACAAUAUGUAUGCUAAACCGAAAAACUCUACAGAAUUGGAAGCAAUGCGUGGUUAUCUUACUCAGCUAAGACAGGAAUUGGGUGUACGCUUAAUAGAUAAAGUGUAUUCUGAUGACAACAGUCCACCAAACAAGGAUAGUGUUCGUAAAUCCGAUGAUAGACAUGCCUAAUCGUAUGGCCUGUGUAACUGGCUCCAUAGGAGCAGUCAAACCGAUAGAUACACAUAGAAGAGGCGAAGUUAGGUAGUUUACCUUUAAGUCCCGAAUGCAAAAUAGGAGUGGUUUUGAAAACACAGCAGCAUUGUACGCUCUUUGUAGCUCACUGAUUUGUUGUAUAGAUUUCCUUAAUUUUAUUUGACAUUCUAUUUACUAUUGAAUUUGUAUGCUUAUUAUAAACUUAUGCUUUCUUUCUUGAACUGUAAUCUUUUUGAUAUUAUGUAUAAGCAUAAUUGUAGAGCCGGAAGAGGGAACUAUCGAAAUGAAUACAUUCAUUGUUCAAAUUUUCUUUUGUUUUCUAAAACAGAAAAAAUAUUUAUUUUUUGGGAAUAUCCGGAUUAGUUAUUUUAUGCCUGAGAUUAUUAAUAUUUUUUCAUUUUAUUCGUUUUCUUGCUUAAUUUUUUUAACCGUAAUUACUAUUAUGUUUACAUUUUUGCACAUUACAGUCCUACUUCUCAUUUUAUUCUUUCCUGAACACAAUACACACGCAGUCCUCCUGUUAACCACACUACACGUAAAAAUGUUUUCAGUGUCUAUUAUCGUGUUUAUAGUUGACAAUAAGUUCAUUUACUCAAGAACUUGAGAUUCAUUCAUUAGGUUCUAGUUUCUGAGUCUACUCUACUCACGUUAACGUAGACUAAAAAUGUAUGAUCAACGCACACUAAAUUAAGAAAAUGAGACUUUGGAAUCAAUUAAAAGCAAACUACAAAUAAGUGAGUAACAGUGAAAAUACAGCUACAGUCUAUUUAUAAAAGUGUGUUAAUCAGUCGUAAAUUUAAACCGAUUUUGUAAAUUUGGUAUCGAAAGUAUGAUGCGACUGUAUUCUGUAGUCUGGUGUAAGUUUUCAUCCAUUAUUCUUAUCAGCGAAAUAGUUUUGAUAUUUUUAUUCAGCAGCAAAUGUAUUGCUGACAUCUUAUUGUUUUCUUAUCUAAUCCAAACAGUGGUGGCUGUGCUUUGGUAAACGUCGUUUCCUGGAUCAAUCACUGACGCCUCUAGGAGUUUUCUAAUAUUUUCCCUGCAAGAUCUCUCACAUUCAGCUUAUUGAAACACACACACCAUAACAUUUUCUUUUUUAUUAUGUAAUUACCGUAUCAGGGUAGUGAUUUCUUUUCGUUAAUUUUUUGCACAAAUAAAUGAUCAGGAACAUACGUUUACUUUUCUUAUGUUAAGAGAUAUAAGUCAGAAGCGUUCUGUCGAGCUGCAAGUCAUGUCUAUCAUGUUUAUACUAGUUGUACACUUACUAAAUUGGCUUUAAUACUCUGAUAGGAUUACACGAGAUCACUACAGGUUGUCUUAAAAUCUCUACUUAAUCAAGUAUA